GUGUCCGAUCAAAUUAAUAAGCAACCGGAAGUUCCAGCCCACCUCCUUUUAUAUUUUGGAAUAAGGGCAUAAAACUAAACAUUAAAGAUGACUGACUCAAAGUACUUCACCACCACCAAGAAAGGUGAGAUAUUUGAGUUGAAGGCGGAGUUAAACAGUGAUAAGAAGGAAAAGAAAAAGGAGGCUGUUAAGAAAGUCAUUGCUAGCAUGACAGUUGGAAAAGAUGUGAGUGCACUGUUCCCAGAUGUUGUAAAUUGUAUGCAGACAGACAAUCUGGAGUUGAAGAAACUGGUGUACCUAUAUCUGAUGAACUAUGCUAAAAGUCAACCUGAUAUGGCCAUUAUGGCUGUUAACACAUUUGUCAAGGACUGUGAGGAUUCUAACCCCCUGAUCCGGGCUUUAGCUGUCAGAACUAUGGGCUGUAUUAGAGUAGACAAGAUCACAGAGUAUUUGUGUGAACCUCUGAGAAAAUGCUUGAAGGAUGAAGAUCCGUAUGUGAGGAAGACAGCAGCUGUAUGUGUAGCUAAACUUCAUGAUAUAAAUGCACAGCUUGUGGAGGAUCAGGGAUUCUUAGAUCUUCUCAAGGACCUUCUGUCAGAUUCCAACCCUAUGGUGGUUGCCAAUGCUGUUGCAGCUAUAUCUGAGAUUAUGGAUGCUUCCCCUAAUGCUGCCCAGGUGUUAGAGAUGAACUCGGGAACCAUCAAUAAACUUCUUACUGCUCUUAAUGAAUGUACCGAGUGGGGUCAGGUAUUUAUUCUGGAUUCAAUCUCAAACUAUACACCUAAAGAUGAGAGGGAGGCACAGAGUAUUUGUGAGAGAGUCACACCACGAUUGGCCCAUGCUAAUGCAGCCGUGGUGCUCUCUGCUGUCAAGGUUGUGAUGAAGCUGAUGGAAAUGUUGGACACUUCAGGCGAUUAUGUGUCAUCACUGGUGAAGAAAUUAGCCCCGCCACUUGUCACACUGCUCUCAGCCGAGCCAGAAAUACAAUAUGUAGCUCUGAGGAAUAUCAACUUGAUUGUUCAGAAGAGGUCAGACAUCUUGAAGAACGAGAUGAAAGUAUUCUUUGUAAAGUAUAAUGAUCCUAUAUACGUGAAGCUGGAGAAACUCGAUAUCAUGAUACGACUAACCAGUCAGUCUAACAUCGCACAGGUCCUUGCUGAACUUAAAGAAUAUGCCACAGAAGUUGAUGUAGAUUUUGUACGUAAGUCUGUUCGAGCUAUUGGUCGCUGUGCCAUCAAGGUAGAGCCUGCGGCAGAGAGGUGUGUUAGCACAUUGUUAGAUCUUAUACAGACCAAGGUCAACUACGUUGUACAGGAGGCUAUUGUUGUUAUCAAGGAUAUAUUCCGUAAAUACCCAAAUAAGUAUGAAAGCAUAAUUGCAACACUGUGUGAGAACUUGGACACUCUUGAUGAGCCAGAAGCUCGCGCCUCAAUGAUCUGGAUCAUUGGAGAGUAUGCUGAACGUAUUGACAAUGCUGAUGAACUUCUCGAAAGUUUCCUCGAGGGAUUCCAGGAUGAGAACACGCAGGUUCAACUACAACUGUUGACAGCAAUCGUGAAACUGUUUUUGAAGAGGCCUACAGACACACAGGAGCUUGUUCAGCAAGUACUUAGUCUGUCCACACAGGACAGUGACAAUCCUGACUUGCGUGACAGAGGAUACAUAUACUGGAGAUUGCUGUCGACAGAUCCUGCUGCUGCAAAGGAAGUUGUCCUUGCUGAGAAGCCUCUAAUCUCGGAGGAGACCGACCUGAUUGAGCCGACGUUGCUGGAUGAACUGAUAUGUCAUAUCUCAAGUCUCGCAUCUGUCUACCAUAAACCUCCUAAUGCUUUUGUUGAAGGACGUGGCGGUCAAAGACGUGUCUUACCAGCUAAAUCUCAACA